AGGAAACAGCUUUUUCAGUUUUCAGAGUUGCUCUGCUAUGUUGAUGCUUAAUGAAGUCCUUGGUUCUUUCACUCGUUUCACUCGCUGCAAAGCCUUUUCAGCGCUCGCUCUCCUCUCUCUCUCUCUGCACACCAAGCCCCAAGAAGCCUUUUGAUCUCUCUCCGUCAGAUGCAAAAGCCGAAGUGAUGGAUUGCACCUCUUCUUGUACGCUGGUUUUAUGUGGAAAAUCAUCAGUUGAGACUGAAAUUGCUAAAUCUUUGAAGAGCAAUAGCAGUCUAAAACUUCCAGACAAUGGCGAGAUUUCAAUCCUUUUGCAUUCGGAGACUGUAAAACCUUGCGAAGAGGAGUCUUUUCAGUUUGAAUUGUUCAUGAGUUCUCUUUUAACGACUUGCUUUGGAAGGUUUCUUAUUUGGUCUCCGCGCUUGCCGUCAACGCACGAUGUUGUUUCUCACAAUUUUUGUGAGCUUCCAAUCGGCGCAGUCUGUGUUGCUGAUGUUCAGUUCAAAGGCCGAGGCAGAUCAAAGAAUCCGUGGGAAUCUCCAGCUGGUUGUCUUAUGUUUUCUUUUACAAUACAAAUGGAGGACGGACGGAUUGUGCCUCUUUUGCAGUAUGUGGUGUCUCUUGCAAUUACUGAAGCAAUAAAAGAUGUUUGUGAUUCAAAUGGCUUGCCGCAUCUUGAUGUUAGAAUAAAGUGGCCCAAUGAUUUGUACCUAAAUGGCCUUAAAAUUGGUGGAAUUCUAUGCACAUCAACAUACAAAUCAAAGAAGUUUAAUGUCAGUGCUGGUAUAGGACUGAAUGUUGAUAAUGAGAAGCCAACAACAUGCUUGAAUGCAGUAAUGCGAGAAUUCUCUUCUGUUGCUUACAGUUUUAGAAGAGAAGAUAUUAUCGCAUCCUUCUUUAAUAAGUUCGAGAAUUUUUUUCAUCUUUUCAUAAAUCAAGGAUUUCAAUCUCUUGAGGAACUAUACUAUAAGACAUGGCUACAUAGUGGGCAGAGAGUAAUAAUACAGGAAAAGAAUGAGGGGCGGUUGGUGGAAAAUGUUGUUACCAUUCAGGGUUUGACAUCCUCUGGAUACUUGUUAGCUAUGGGUGAUGAUAAUCAAAUGUGUGAGCUUCAUCCUGAUGGCAAUAGGGACUACAAAAAUGGGCGAGUCCAUGUGUAACAGUCUUGGCCCAACUCCGUGAGGUAUUAUCCGCUUUGGCCCAUUGGUCUCACGGGUUUGUACUAUAAAAGAUGUCUCACAUAGUUGGGGCCCAAACUAUCCUUAUAACCCCAAGAUCUCCCUAGUACUCAACCGAUGUGGGACCCUGACACCAUGCUAUGAACUGAUAAUUAAAGGAGGACUAAUAACCAACCCAUUGCUUCCUUUAUCUGGAUCCAAAAAGCCAGUCAAGCUAUGGUAUAUGGGACACAUUUAUUGUAGAAACUGCAAUUUUUUUACAUAAAUAAAAGAGAAGUUAAUCGAUUUCUGUAA